UGCCUCAGCAUGUGUGGCGGAUAAAUUUGGAUACUCCGGAGGAAGCCCAUCAGAAUCUCUCUUUUGGUGCUGCCGAUCGCUGGUGGGAGCAAACGGAUCUGACCAAGCUGAUCCUCGCCUCCAACAAGCUGCAGCGUCUGUCCGAGGAUGUCAGGCUGCUGCCUGCGCUCACCGUUCUGGAUGUGCAUGACAAUCAGCUGACAUCUCUUCCUUCUGCUUUAGGACAAUUAGAAAAUCUUCAGAAACUUGAUGUGAGCCACAACAAACUGACAAGUAUCCCAGAAGAGUUGAUGCAGUUGUCACAUUUGAAGAGCCUUCUUCUUCAUCACAAUGAGCUGAGCCGCUUGCCGGAUGGAUUUGGACAGCUUGUCAAUUUAGAAGAAUUAGAUGUGUCCAACAACCGUCUCACGGACAUUCCGACAAGUUUCGCUUUGCUCGUUAAGUUGGUGCGACUCAAUUUGGCCUGUAAUCACCUCAAGAACCUGCCUGCAGAUAUCAGUGCCAUGAAAAGCUUAAGACAACUGGAUUGUAGUAAAAACUACCUGGAAGCUGUACCUUCGAAAUUAGCAACCAUGGCAUCUUUGGAACAGCUUUAUCUGAGAAAAAAUAGAUUGAGUUCCUUACCAGAGUUUCCCUCAUGCAAAUUGCUGAAGGAAUUACAUGCUGGUGAAAAUCAGAUUGAAGUAUUAAACGCAGAGAAUCUGAAGCAUCUGAAUUCCCUCUCUGUGUUGGAACUGAGAGACAACAAGAUAAAAUCAGUUCCUGAUGAAAUUACUCUGCUUCAGAAGCUGGAGCGACUCGACCUCGCCAACAAUGAUAUCAGUAGAUUGCCAUACACAUUGGGGAACCUUCCUCAGUUGAAAUUCCUGGCCUUAGAGGGGAAUCCUUUGAGAACCAUUCGAAGAGACCUUCUGCAAAAAGGCACCCAGGAACUUCUGAAAUACCUAAGAAGCAAAAUUCAAGAUGAUGUAGCCAGCCCAAGUGAGGAGCCUCCUGUGACAGCCAUGACUCUUCCAAGUGAGUCAAGGAUUAACAUGCACGCCAUAACUUCACUAAAAUUAUUGGAAUAUAGUGAGAAACAGGCGGCUGUGAUUCCUGAUGAAAUGUUCGAUGCAGUCAGGAGCAAUCCUGUCACCACGCUCAACUUCAGCAAAAAUCAGCUGAAGGAAAUUCCACCCAGGAUUGCGGAGCUGAAGGACUCGGUUUGUGAUGUCAGCCUUGGCUUCAAUAAAAUCUCCUCCAUUUCCUUGGAGCUUUGCGUGCUCCAUAAACUGACACAUUUGGAUAUCAGAAAUAACUUUUUGACGUCUUUACCUGAAGAAAUGGAGGCCCUGACAAGACUGCAAACAAUAAAUCUUUCUUUUAAUAGAUUUAAAGUAUUUCCCAGCGUCCUGUAUCACAUCGGAGCACUGGAGACUGUCCUGCUCAGUAACAAUCAGGUUGGCUCCAUAGACCCUCUGCAGCUGAAGAAGAUGGACAAGCUUGGGACCCUGGACCUUCAGAACAAUGACCUCCUCCAGGUGCCACCAGAACUUGGAAACUGCGAAACUCUGAGGACCCUUCUGUUGGAAGGAAAUCCGUUCCGCACUCCCCGCGCGGCCAUCCUGGCGAAAGGCACAGCUGCAGUGCUGGAGUAUCUGAGAAGCCGAAUUCCUACUUAA